AUGGCUGAAGUUCAUAUUAUUGGAAGAAUUGUUAGCGCUUUUGGAUUUCCGGACCAACGCUUGUUUUGUUGUUGGGAACUUGAAUUAGGUGGUGGCUGGAGAUUAAUAGAGGGUGAAAAAGAGGGCCAAACACAAACCGAUUUACCUGAGCUAGAGGAGGUUGCCUACUUUUCACAUCCCCUCGAUAUCCAUUUGGCGACAAAAACUAUCCAAGGUUGGCCGAAGUUUAAUCUCCAAAUCUGGCAUCACGACGAUUAUGGGAGGCAAGAGAUAUAUGGUUACGGUUCGGUUUUUGUCCCUGCGACUUCUGGAAUGCAUGAGGUAAUAAAUUGUCAUAUAUGGAGACCGAAAGGUAGUUUUCGCGAAGAGGUGAUGCAGUAUUUCUUAGGCGGUGGUAUUCAGUUGUCUAACGCCAGUUUUGCGGGACAAGCCAAGAAGAUUGCUAAACUGAAAACAACGUCUAUGGGAGUUGUGCAACUAAAUCUCUCAAUAAUUACACGAAAUUUUGACAGAUUUGGAAUCCACUGUUGA